GGGAGGGAGGCAGCAGCAGUAAUUAACAGUGUAAAAAUCUGCGUGCUGCUGGAAGGAGACGAUCACCGGGCUUAUCAAACGCUCAACAAACAGUGCGCUGGACUGCAUUUCCAUCCCAAAGUUUUAUUUUAUCUCGACUCGCUGUGGAUCUUAAACCACUGCUGGAACGCGCAGACGUCCGUGUUUCUAUUGGCUGUGCGCAGCGUCGCUCAGAGGAAUGACGAUUUUGCUGCUAUAACCAGCUGAUGCUGAGGCUAUGAACGCGGAGCCUCUGAAGAACUGUUGACGGUACAUUGACACCCUGUCAUCGGCGUUAUGCCUGCGGAUUCGGUCUACCGUCCGUCCAAAGACUGAGUGAGUAGGACAUUUGAUCGUGUCACGACGCACAGGCCCGGGUUUCCCCCCUCCUCCAUCUCCUGUCGCUCCACAUGAUGUUUCUUCGUCUUCCCACAUCAUCAUUUUCAUGGGCAUGAUGCUCCGUGCUUCACAGAUUGAGCUUUCUCACCUCGUACAGGCGUCACAUCGCAUCUGCAGGUAAACCUUCGCGUGGUUUAAACGGUUUGCCGGCAUGUAGUGUUGGAUGGAAGUAGAAGAAGGACAUCAGCACAUGGAAUAAAGGGAGCGCAAAGGACAUCUGAAUACACUCGACUCAGAUACCUAAUAAUUACAAUAAUAAGAGAUAUUUUUAAAAAGUCCAGAAAAGAGGCAGAGAGAGGGAAAGAGAGAAGCUAUGGUGUAAAGGGAGUGAAGAUGGGCUGUGGUCAGACGCUUGCAAUGUUCCUCCUGGAGUCCACAGUUCACUCCACCGGCUGGUCAAAGCAGGAGUCUCCUCGCUAAAAACCCGAGCAGCUCAUUUCACCCGCUGGAGGAGCCCUCACUCUCGGUGAUGUAAUGAAUAAGUUUGAAGUCCUUGGCAUUGUGGGCGAAGGAGCAUAUGGAGUGGUGCUCAAGUGCAGGCAUAAGGAAACCAAUGAGCUGGUGGCGAUUAAGAAGUUCAAAGACAGUGAAGAAAAUGAGGAGGUCAAAGAGACCACUCUUCGGGAGCUGAAGAUGCUUCGGACACUGAAGCAGGACAACAUCGUCGAGUUGAAGGAGGCUUUUCGGAGGCGGGGGAAGCUCUACCUCGUCUUCGAAUAUGUUGAGAGGAAUAUGCUGGAGCUACUAGAGGAAAUGCCCAACGGUGCUCCACCUGACAAAGUCCGCAGCUAUAUUUACCAGCUCAUCAAAGCCAUCAACUGGUGUCACAAGAAUGAGAUUGUGCACAGAGAUAUUAAACCAGAGAACCUCCUUAUCAGCUCUGAGGAUGUUCUCAAACUUUGUGACUUUGGUUUUGCUCGUAACCUGUCUGAAGGAACAGAUGCCAACUACACUGAGUAUGUCGCCACAAGGUGGUACCGCUCACCUGAGCUGCUGCUGGGGGCUCCUUAUGGAAAGGCGGUGGACAUGUGGUCGGUGGGGUGUAUCCUCGGGGAGCUGAGUGAUGGACAACCCUUGUUUCCAGGGGAAAGCGAGAUUGAUCAGCUUUUUACCAUUCAGAAGGUUUUGGGGCCACUUCCUGCAGAACAGAUGAAACUCUUCUACAACAACCCUCGAUUUCAUGGAAUCAGGUUUCCAUCAGUUACUCAUCCUCAGACUUUGGAGAGACGUUACCAAGGCAUCUUGAGUGGUUUGAUGUUGGAUUUGAUGAAGAAUCUGUUGCUGCUCAACCCUACUGAGCGUUACCUAACAGAGCAGAGUUUGAACCAUCCAGCCUUCCAGCCUCUGAGGCAGGCAGAGAGAGAGAGGCCUCCGCCUGCUUCUCCCAACCCGCCACGCUCCUCCAAGAGAAAAACACACCAUCAUGGAGAGAACACGGUUCCUACAAGGAGUCACACUAAGAGUUCAAGCCGUCGUUCCAAUAGCAAAGAAUGUUCCAGCCUCCCUCGCCACGGAGACCUCCAUCACCUCGGGAAUGAGAGUUUCCUCAACGGCAACAAACCGGCACCAUCCAGUUUAAGUCCGACUCUGCACCCCAAGGGCCAGUACAUGUCCCAGACUCUUAAUCGUUCUAUCUCCUCCAGCAAAGAUCUGGUUAACAACAACCUGCCACACCUGCUCAGCCCCAAAGAAUCCAAAAGCAAAACAGAGUUUGAUUUCAACUUGGGACCCUCCCCGAAGUUGCCGGACCAGGGACAUGGGGUAAAGUAUGGCCACGGCAAACCCAGCUCCUCUCGCUCUCAGCAGCAACAGCAGCAGCAGCAGCAGCAGCAGCAGCAGGUCAGUCGGCACACUUUCCUGGAAAACAAAACUAACACCCUACAGUCUGGGGCAGAAAAACAACACAGUCGACACGCCCACAGUAUGGCCGACUCUGCCCACGGAUCCAUGUCCUCAUCCUCUAAGAGCUCAGCGUCUUAUCUCAGUCUGUCCAAGAGCCACAGCGGACUGAGCGAUGCCAAAUCUGUGGGGAAUCUCAGCGACGGUCGACUCCACCCGGAUGACCCAAACUCUAACACGACAGCUGGGGUGGGACCCAGUGCCCGCUUCUUCCCUGCCAGCUGUUUAGACCUCAACACCCCUUCAGGUCCUUCUGGGCCUCCUGGCAGCCCCUCUACUCGACACAGUGAUCGAUCUGGACACAGCCCCGCCUCUCGUAGCAGCGGCAAUGCCCGCAUGGAGAGCAGCACGCUGGACUCUUCAUCCAGGCACAAAUCCAGACAUAAAUCUUUAGUGCCAGAGGACGCUGGUGCGCCGGAGCUCUUGGACCCAGGAGGACCUGGGAUGCCCUCCACUCACACUCUGCCUUCCCCUCACGAGUCUUAUCAUUACGGCCUCGGCUAUACCUCGCCUUUCUCCUCUCAGCAGCGGCCACAGCGCCACUCCAUGUACGUGAGAAGGGAACGCCACCGACCACACGGAGUGGAGACGGCGAUGGCGGGCUUGCCUCCGCCGGGUCAGGCGAUACCAACACGAGCCAGUAGCCUGCAGCUCCUCUCCCCACAGCUGCAGCACAGGACCACCCUCGCUGGACACUCAGUGAGUUCUUCGAGGGAGGACUGCACGGACGACAUGACGAGGAGUGAGCAGUCCCCUAAAGACAUGAGCCACCCUUGUGCCCCCAUCAAAGACUCUACGCGGGACAACACUGCUGCUUUUCUUACACAGCGCUCUAAAAACGAGGUUGGCAUGUACCACGACCCUCACGUUGAGGACGGAGCUUCCUCCAAGGAGAACCGGAUGAUCUUCACUGAGUCCAUGCCUCGGAGAGUAGGGAGCUUUUAUCGAGUCCCUUCUCCCAGGCCAGAUAACUCCUCUUUCCACGACGGCGUCGGCCAGGGUCGAGGGCCAGUCGUACCCAUUGUACCCGGAGACCCUGUCGCCAUGGCCAACCACUCCAAACGCCAGACAGCUUUUGACUGGACUACUGCAGAAGCAAUGGUCAUGAAUCCUCCAGAGCCCGCCAAAGAGAAGGAAAAGCAAGGCUUCUUCAGAGCCAUUAAAAAGAAAAAGAAGAAGUCACAAAUAGUUCCCGGGAACGGACAGGAUCACUUGUCCCUGCAGAGGAGCUCCAAGUCGUCCUCUCACCACAGCAGCCGGCGGAAAAACCGCGAGCGAUCCCGAGACAGAGAUCGAGAACGGGAACAGAGCCGGGACAGAGACCGGGACAGGGAGAGGGAACGGGAGCGAGAACGAGAGAGAGAAAGGGAGAGAGGGAGGGAGAGAGAGAGAGUCACUGACUGGCCGGACAAACAAGUGGACUCACACUCUCAGAGCCAACCACUCAAGUCACUACGUAGGCUCCUUCACCUCUCCCCUUCUUCCUCAAAUCAAGGACAGGCUCCCCCUCCUCCUCCUCCUCAAGACCUGCGCUUCCAAGCCCCCAUGCCCAACCCUCCUCAGCCCUCCUCCAAAGCAGGCUACCCCGAGGGUCGAGGUCAUGCCGACAGCAGGGGGCACACUGGGGUGAGCAGCUCCACCCAGGCUAAGAGCCGCAAGGCCAGCUACCCCCUACCGGGACAGAUAGAGUCCAGCUGGCACGUAUCUGCUUUACAGCGGGCAGAGGGCGCUCAGUUCACCCCUGAACAGCUGGGCAUCAAACCGGGUCAGAAUGGACCCACUUUUACCCGAGCCUCCCGCACCAGGAUGCCAAACCUCAACGACCUGAAGGAGACCGCCCUCUAAAACCUCUCAACCACACCACCUCCGAUGCAGCUCCAUCCCGGAAGCACCUGCCAGAAUGCAGACAUUGUGGUACUGCAGUAAGGGUCUACACAAGAGCCUUUUUCACUGGAUCAAGUCCUAAUUCAGAAAUGUAGUAAUCUGUCGAUGCUCAUGCCUCUGAAAUCUAAAAGCCUAGACGUUGACCGGCCAAACACCUGGGACAGUGUGGUUUAGGGAAGCAAAGAUAGGGAAGGGCCCAUCCUUUCUUGAGAUGCCAGUACUGUAUCAGCUCUAUAUUAUUGUCUGUCUCUACUUGCAAGGUUACAUCAGAAUAAGCUGAUCAUCCCUGUCAAGGAGACACUGCCCAUGUGGCCUCUUUGCUGCCAUCUUCUGCUCACAGGACGCUACUGCAACACAUUAGACAGCCGCUGUCACAGCAGUGGCCAAUAAACUCCAAUGUUUUUCAAGCUCUGAUAUUUGAUAAGAACAUAAAAAAUGAUUUAUAUUAACAUUAUUUAUGAAAUAUUUAUUUGUUUUAAAUUCAAGGAUAUAAGCUAUAAAUGACACAGUAUGUAGGUUAUAUGGGAAUAUUAUAAGGUAAUAUAGAAUUAAAUGUGUAAUUGCAAGAGCUUUAGUUUCGACACAAAGAAAUGCAUAGAUAUUUAUGUGUUGAUAAUACAAUAUGUCACAAGGAAUAUUUAAUAAUGGUGAAUGUCUUUUUUUUGUUUGUUUGAUUUGAUAUGUUAUUAGCAGAUUAUCAUGUUAUGUUGUUUUUACCCUUUUUUCUGAUUGUUUCAUCAAAAUGUAAAAAGAAAUACUGACAAAUAUAUAAAAUAUCUGAUAUUACAAAUAGUGCAAAUCUGCCCAUCACCCUCAUGACAUCAGUUUUGACGUUUUGUGACAAGUUGGGCUAUUUGUUAGUAGGGUUUGGUAGCAGAACAGCCAGAGUGAGACUGUUAGGCUCUGUGCUUCACAUAUUGUAAUUGUCAGGUCAUUUUAUCUUACAUUCCCAUUGUCGCAGUUUUCAAAUUUGCCCAUUUUUCAGUCCCUCAGUUCGUUUAGUGACAAACAGCUUUCCAGCAUCUUGUUGCUGCCAUGUUGGUUUUGUCCACAGCCUUAAAAACCAUUUAACGGGCAUCUUCGCCCACAUCACCACGCAGCUCUAGUGAGGGAGGUUUACCUAACAUGACAUUGAAAAUUUAAAGUGUUUUGAGACGGCAGGGAAGCUCUCUGCAAAAAGGCAUACCUCACCUGCAACCUUUAAGAUUUUAAAGGAUAAGUCUGGUAAUACUUUAUCUUUAUCCAUUUAUUUAUUUAUUUAUUUUGUCAGAAAUUCCAAAUGCAUUGUCUGUGCAGCCAAAGUGGGGUGUAUGUGCUCUAAAAAUCUUUAGAUUCAUUUUAAUUUGUUAUUGAAAUUUGUUAUUAACUAAAGUAGAGAAUAUGCUCAUUUUAAUAUAGUAAGUACAGUACUUGAGUGAAUGUGGUUACUUACAUUCCCCCACUGGCUGGGUGUGGGCUUUUCAUAGGACUUUGCUGACGUCAUGAAUUAUAUGAAAUAACACCAGACUUAUCCUAUAAUAUGUGUUUACAUUUCCUGUGUGCAUUUUAAAAGCUUGUGUUAUCAAGAGUUUUGUAAAAGUCUUUUGUAAAUCUGAAUUUGAUUUUCCAGUUUGCAUUACUAUUAACAUUAACAGUCAUAAUCAGGGAUGAUUUUACUUAACUUGAUUGUUCAUUAAAGCAUUUACUAAUUGUCUUCUGAUCUGUGGGCAAUGUAAAGCUGAGGUGUGUAGAAUGAAAAACAUUUUGUGGCCUAGGGGAAGUAUACAGCAUUGUUUUCCCCCAGUUUUUCCAUUAUUCUUCAUUCUGUCCUCCUUAAUAUAAAACAGUAUUAAGGCCGCUGGGGGGGAACAAAAACCAAAAUAAACAGUCUUGUUGCAUUAUUCUCAGAAUUCUGAUUUUAAUUUGAGAAUUCUGACUUUUUCUCAAAAACCUGACUUCAGUUGCAUAAUUCUUUAAUCUGACGAUUCUGACUAUUUUUCCAGACAUUUUGCUCAAACAUCUGACUUGUUCUCAAAAAUCUGGCUUUAAUCUAAGAAUUCUAACAUUCUCCACAAAAAUCUGAAUUCAAUUGGGAAAUUCUGACUUUUUUUGUUUUUCUCAAAAUUCAGAUUUUAGUAAUUCAGGCUUUUUCCCAAAAUUCUGGAUGUAAUCUAAGAACUGUGACAUUUUCCUCAAAAAUCUGACUUUAGUUGCAAAUCUCUUUUUUUUUCUUCUUUUUCUUCUUUUUUUUCCCCCUCAAAAUUCUGAUUUUAGCAAUUCAGGCUUUUUCUCAAAAGUCUGUCUUUAAUCUAAGAAUUCUGACCUUUUCCUCAAAAAUCUGAUCAGUUUUCUCAAUGUCUGUCUUUUCUUCAAAACUGAAUUCUUCUCAAAAUUAUGAUUAACUCUCAAACAAAUCUCUCCCUCAGAGCAUUCUUAGUUUAAAGUUAGACUUAUGAUUUUGUUUUCCUCAGGAUUUUGAAGGGGAAAAAAGUCAUGACCUCAAAUUUCUUUCUUCAGUGGUCUUAAUUCCCUUUCAUACGUUUGUGAUUUGAAAGCAUAAAGCAAAAAAAUGCAUUCCAAAUGCCAUCACAGACAAAAGGAACAAAGAACAGAAGAAUGGUCCAUGAAAAGUUUGGAUCCCCAUUUGGUGAAAAUAAGAAUCAAUCACAGUAACUUGAUGGUUGACUGAAAGCAAUAACACUCACAAAAAGACUCGGAGUGAUGCAGAUUGUAUUAGCCAAAUCGGCAGCUAGAUGGAUUUGAGCCAAAUAUAGCACAAAGAAGGAUUUCCUGCAGGAGACUGUGAUUACAGCAAGUGUUGGCAACUGUUGGUAUGUGACAUCACAUCAUUCUGCAAUACAUUUUUUACAUUUUUCUUAAGUUUAUCCCACAGAAGGUAAAACUGUCCCAUGUUGUGGGCUUGUGUACAAAAUCCUCAUUGCUAAUGAUUGUAAAUGACUGCUGACAUGGGUUUGUUUAUAUCACUAAUGGGACAAAGUGAUGAUGAAGUUUACCUUGCUAGUGACCCGAAGCCUUACGUUAGUUUAUCGACUCAACGCGUCAGAUGGAAAUGAAGGCUUCAACCCUCAGCAGGUCACACACGCUGAAAACUGAGAUGAGAAGAAGACUUUUUGUUCAGAAAUAUGAAUGUGUUUCCUAUAACAUCAAUUCUCUUUUUUUGUCAUUAAGCUGUUUCCCACUUCUGACAGGGUGUAAAUAAAAAAUAACAGAGUAUCUAUACUGACCGUUCUACUUUAAAAAUGAUAGGGUCUCAUAAUAAAUGCCAACUGUACAUUUUUGAAUGU